CAAGGACGGUGCGGCCUCAGUUUGUCGACAGCUGUCUCGCGACAUAGAUAAUCACUCUCGUUGGUAUCCAUACCACGAUUUAUUUAUUUUUUCGGGUGUAUUGCUCGCGAUUAUUGCUCGUGAUCAAAACUCGUUCGCGAAUUCGACGCCGUGUCCGCGGUGAAACUUGUAUGUAGACGCAUCUUCUUCCGCACUGGCGGGAUUUCAUAACGAUAGAAGCACGCGGAGAAUAGCGAACAAUGCAGCAAUUGAUACGAUUGAUAUACGAUGGCUAUCGAGACCUUAUGGACAACAAGAGCGAUCCCAGGGUCAACAAUUGGGCUAUGAUGAGCAGCCCGUUUCCUACGCUAGCGAUUUGCUUAUUCUACGCUUAUUUUGUUAAGGUCCUCGGACCAAAGCUGAUGGAGAAUCGAAAAGCCUUCGAUCUCAGAAGAGUGAUGAUAUGGUACAAUCUCUUUCAAGUAAUAUUUUCGUCAUGGUUAUUCUACGAAGCCUGGGUUGCCGGCUGGGGUGGACACUACUCUUUCAAGUGUCAGCCGGUCGAUUACUCGUAUAAUCCAAUCGCAUUACGGAUGGCGCGAGGUUGCUGGUGGUACUACAUCUCUAAGUUCAUUGAAUUCACAGACACAAUCUUCUUUGUAUUAAGGAAAAAGAAUGAUCACAUUAGCACCCUCCAUGUUAUUCAUCACGGCUGCAUGCCUAUGUCCGUUUGGUUCGGAGUUAAGUUCACUCCUGGCGGUCACAGCAGCUUCUUCGGUUUCCUGAAUACUUUUGUACACAUCGUAAUGUACUCGUAUUAUCUUCUGGCGGCGCUCGGCUCACAAAUACAGCCGUAUCUAUGGUGGAAGAAAUAUCUGACGGCCCUGCAGAUGGUCCAGUUUAUUCUCGUGAUGAUUCACGCAUUCCAGCUGCUCUUCAUCGAGUGCAACUACCCGAAGGCCUUUGUUUGGUUGAUCGGUAUGCAUGCCGUGAUGUUUUACUUCCUUUUCCGCGGCUUCUACAAGAAAGCGUACAAGAAGAAGGAUUCGAAAAAUGUGUCUGUUAAGCGAAAGGUCCUCAAAGACGAUAAGGAGCAAGAUACGCAAAGUUUCCAGAACGAUAUCAAGGAGAACAAAAACGACGUAAUAUAUGCGAACCAAUAUAAAAUGGCUACCGGUUACAUCUCGGACAGCGGUCUUAGGAAUCGCGUGUUCAUCGACAAUCGAGGCUUUGACGAAUGAUGACAAGCCGAUGUUUAAAGAGACUUCAAUUGCACAUCGAAUGUACAUUUAGCUGCGAAUCAUAUAAAACGCUCUGCGCGAUCAAAUAUAAAAAAAGUCAAGAUUCAGAGACCAGACUAAAAAAAUCCAGAGAAAGAAAUGAAAAAGUAGAAAGAAAAGCACGUUAGACGUCUUUUCAUAAUUUCUGUUAGUGAACUUAGUAUCAUUCUCUCUGAAUUUCUAGGUAAAGUUUUUUAUGUGUAGAGAAUGCUUUUGUAAUUUUUGUGUUAUGUAAGUGUAUAUGUAUGAAUGCCUGUAUUUGUUAGUGUAUUGCAAGAGGUGGAAACAGACUAGAUAAACUGCUAACAAGAUUGCCAAGAUUAACAAAAUAUUGUUUUUCUUAAUUAAUGAAUCAAAAUGCACGCACAUUGAUUCUUCUAUAAAUUAUUUAUUAUGAAUUAUUCUUUUCUUUAAAGAAUAUUCUAAAUUUCUUUGGUUAUAUGAUCCUAUUUAAUUUUUGACAUUUGAAAAAAAUUUUCAGUCCACAUCAGAUCUGUGAUGAAUUUUAAUUGCAAGUUAAUAAAAAAUUCUUUGACAAGAGCUUCCACUAAUGAAUUAUUUUAUUCUUUUAUUUUUAAUUAAUAGAAAGCAAAUUAUUUUCAUUUAUAUUUUUGCUAUUAAUAUUAAUUACAAAAUAUAUUUUGUCUUCCAGAAAAUUAAAAAAAAAAAAUUACAUUACUAAGUAAAUAUAUAUAAGAUAAGCACAUUUCAUCAUAUAUAUUGCCGGCCAAAAGUUUGGAUACAACAUUAAAAGUCUAGAUAUUAUAAAAAUGUUAUUGAUGUAGUUUGUAUUUAUAUUAGAGAUAAAUGAUUAUUUUGUAAUGAAUGCUGCAUAUUUUCCCAAUAUCUUAUGAACAAAAUUGAAACAGCUUUUAUACUAAAUUUCUUUUGUAAAAUAAAGACUAAUCGAGCAA